GCACGUGCGCGCGUGCGUGCGGAAAGAGCGUGAAAUGCGGGGACGCGUCUCCCAACAUUCAUAGGAUGCUUGCUGCAGAAUUGAGGCGGUCUGAAGAAGACUGGAGUCAAAUUCCUCACCGCGUCAGAGCUCCAACACGACACAGGGCAGUGACUAACGGACCGCUCGCCCAUCGAUUUAGAAAUGAUCCACAUGAUCGCCAAUCAAGCAAAACUCGUCCAAUUCUUCAUCUUUCUAUGCCCGGUCGGAUAUUUCUGUGCUGUUACUUGGAAUAUCAUCAUUUUCCCCCUUUGCAUUGACAGCUGCUCACGCGCAACUGAACGACUCGUUUGCAUCAGAAAAAAGUCCCUCCAACCCUGCGAUUGUGCAAAUGUUUACCGAGGAUCAUCAACGUUUGGCGGUAGAAAGUUGCGCUCUGCAGUCGGUAGUUUUUAAACAAAGACGUCUCUUGAUUUUUCCACAGCGGAAGUGAGCUCAGUCAUGCUUCGUGUCAGCGCGUAGUUGCUGGACGUCACAUAACUGUUGGACCAUCAACUUCGUCGGCUUCUUCUAAACGGGGACAUGUUUGCUGGUUUGUUGGGCCUGAAAUGCCUCGGCAACUCUCUGCAUCACCACGGCCAGGGACUUGUGGAAGACAAGAUUGUGAUCCUCAUGUGACCACACAGGAAGUGAGGAGCUCAUUUUGGAGGAAAGCCUCAUCACACGCCAUGAUCGUUAGACAGACAGACGGACAAGCAGGGUGCUUGGGGGUCACAAGUGGUGUAGUGUGGCACAUCUGCAGAGGCACACUGCUUCUCAGGAGCCUGCUGACAUGUGUAUUUUCUGAUCUGCUGAUGUGCGUCUUGCUGGGCUUGUUCCUUAAACGUCUGUGUGUGUGUGUGUUUUUUUUUUAAACGAGAUCCUCUGCAUUCCUCCCCUCUUUGGAUUAAGCACUUUAAACAACCAAUGGGACACCGUGUUUAACUUGAGACAUGGAAAGUGGGCCUCUUUUAUCACCAAAGGUGGCAGAGCCUCAGGGACAGCUGACAGUGUCGGCCGUAAGAGGCUCCACCGGAGGCCUGGUUACAUGAGAGGGGAGCAAUCCAGACCACUAAGCACUACUGACGAUCCGCAGCACGAGGAGGAUGAGGGGGAAGCAGAAGAUGUGGCAAUCUGCAUAAGUGGAUGUCAAACUGAGGGGAUAGGUCUAUCAUCUGCUGUCAGAAUGUCUCCAAUGAAAAUUGCACAAGCUAACAAAAAUUCCCAUGACGUUCCUCCUCCCUUCACCAAUGACAGUGCCCUCAGUAGCACAUCCAGCCAACCAAAGAAUGAACUUAUGUUAAACCGCUGUCCAAUACUUAUGCCUUCAACUACCCCGGAAGAAUCUUUCCUUUCCAGCUUCAGUUUCAUUCAACAGUCUCUCACUGCUUCUGCAACACCGGCGCAUGGCCCCGAACCUAAAGCCACAGAAGUACCUCACUCCUCUGAAAUUAAACCAACAUCGCUGUUUCUUGAUCAACCCGACUCAAAACCUUCCACCAAGGUCACAUCCACCUCUGUCUUGAGCAGCCACGAAGAAAGGGAGACACCCUCAUUCGGUGGCCGUUUUUGGGGGGAACGUGUGUGGGGCAACAGGGAGGUGUCGUCUGACCUGCCCGAUGUCGACUUCCAGUGUCUGGAUUCAGAAAUCACCUCUUCACUGUCAAUUGACUCAGACACCGCCUCUGCAUCGUCGGUCACGUCGGGAUACGAGAGCACCACACCUGCUUCUGACCAAGGCUGGGACAAUUUGGUGAAGAAGUACGACCACGUGCUGCAAGACUGUCUCGAUAACAACCGGACGCACAAUAAGAUUGAGUCCAUGAUGUUAAAGCUCCAGAGAUUGCAGCAAAAAGCCAUUGUGGAUGAUGACUAUGAUGCAGCUGAGCGAUUUGGGAAAAAGCUGGAGGAGCUGUGCAAGGAACGAGAAGCUUUAAAAUUGGGUUUACCAUCAAGACAGCCCAGUGUGGCUCUGUUCCUCCAGAGGCUCAGAGAGGUGGUGCAUAGCGCACUCUACAGGAAAGAUAGCAGUCAGCACAGGUCAGGAGCAGAAUCCGAUGGAGGAGAGCCGUCAGACUCAGUGCGCCGUCGAGAUCGUCUCAUACAAGAGAAACGGACAGUAGAGGAAGAAAUCGAAGAGCUGCAGCAGAGACUGGCAGAACUAAAGGAUCGCAGUCGAUGUCUAGACCAGCAGAUCCAGCAGGAGGAGCAGCAGAUGGAGGCUGAGGAGCUGGAGGGAUCCGUGCUGAGGAGCUGCAGCUCGGCCCAGCUCAGAGACAUGAGCGGAACACUUCAUGAUCUCGUGAUGUCUGAGAACCGCAUCCAGAUGUCUGUCUCUCUUCCUCCCUCCAUGCUCAGACUUCAGGAACAGGAGCAGGCAUUGAAUCUAUCCAUCAAGGAAGCUACUGCCAAAGUGGUUAUGAGUCAGAAGCUGGGCAGCAGCCUCAGGAGGAAAGUCAGCGAGACUGAAACUCAGCUCUUAGCUUUGCAUGAAGCCAAACUGGCCGCCAUCUCAGGUAACGACUUCAGCAGUGCCAAGGAGCUGAAGGCUGAGAUCAAGGCGGUGUACCAGGAGCAGGAGCGACUGGAGGCCCUGGUCAAGAGGCUACACAGUCUCAGCUCAGGGAGCAGCCAAGAGCUGGCCAGGAUGAAGGAGCAGCGGCAGCAGCUCAGAAAGGAGCUGGAGCACAGGGAGGUGCAGCAUGAAAGCCAGCUGAAAGACAAUGCCGUCAAGUAUAUUGAGCUACUGGAAGACAGGCUGCACAGUUGCAGCUGCUCGGGUCUGGAGCGGAUUUGGGAAGCCGACCUGGAGGCGUGUCACCUGUUCUUACGAGGCUUGCAGCUACGGACAUCCAUCUGCAGCGGAGCGGAUGUGGACGACCAUCUCGCCACAACUGGCUGUGCUUCACUGCAAAUGUGCGCCAAAGAGGAAGAAGACAGCGCCAUGUUGACGGCUUUAGGCGGUCGCUGGUGUCCCGAGGCCAAUUUACAGAACUCUGAGUUCACUAAGAAAUUGGAGGAGUUUUUGUUCUGCAUGGAGGAUAACAAUCCACAGGAUGUGUCCAGCAAUGAUGGAGCAGCAGACCUCGCCGAGCGCUGUGAGCUGAUCAGUGACAGACUAAUGACCUUGGAGGACGACUUACAGACGGCCAUACUGAACCGGGAUCAGGCCCUUGCUGAGUCGCUGGAGAGGCAAGUUCAGGAAGUUAAAGCCACUUUGCAAAACAUGCUCGCUCUGCUCCGAGAGGAAGUGGAGGAGGACGUGAAUGUUCAUGAAUUGCAGGAUGAUGACGAGCCUGUGGAAAAUGAGACUUUGGAGGAGGAGGAAGAGGAGGAAGAGGACCAGUACUUCAGUGACAGCUGGGACAUUUGAAGAGGACGCCUGUUGUGUUUUACGAGCACUCACACUGGGAGCCUGACCUGCACUCUGCAGUAGAACUGACCCCUUCCCUAUUUAAUGUAAAGCCACACUCAAAGCAUUUUGCAAGCAGCCCCCCUGUGGAACUGAUCAGUCUCCAGUUGUUGCUUGCCUUUACUUAAGACACGUUUUACACAUGCCGGGAGACAACACUUGAAUUCAAAUUAGCUAAGUGCCUUCAGGCUUCUCAGUCAGUUUUUUUCCAGUGAACAUAUUAAGAAAUGACUUGUUUCAAUUGAAGGAUGAGGUUUUGUUCUAAAUUUCUCACCCUCAAACUCAAAUGACCAAAACACAGAAUGUAAUCACACAAGUCCCGAAUUUGCACCACUUUUUGAUUAUUUUUGGGACCAAAAAGACAAUCUCUGUGAUUUUUUCUUUUUUUUACACAUUAUCAUUCAUGCACAUUAACUAAGUGUUCAUUUCUUUCCUGUGGCUUUUUGUGUGUAUGUUUUUUUUCUUUACAAAUGGACUUAUUGUAAUUUUAUGAGUGUGGUGCUAACUUGAACACUUGUUAGUUGUGAAAAUGCAUUAUUUCGCGUCUGUGACUGAGGGACUAAUGACUAAGGAGUAUUAGAGCUACUCUGAUAAAAAAAAGUACAUUUACGUUGUACAGUUAAAAGAAAGAGACAAUAUAAUGAGAAUAAGUUAAAAAACUGUCAAAACGCUAUCAUAAAUUUUAGCGCGACAGUAUGAGACAGUGUUAUGUGACAUGUAUUGAUUGGAUAAUAACUUUGUUCAAAACAUGGUUGAUGAGCAAACAAAUCCACCACAAUGAACAAAAAACCUCACACCCCUAUUUUACUUCUUUUCACUGUGGCCCCAAUACUUAGCCAUGUAAAGUAAUAUUUAAAUACUUUAUAUAAGCAAUGUUGAAAAAAAAAACAA